GUCCGCGCCUCUCUAGCUCUGCCUCUAAUAACGUGUACGCUAAACUAGUUUACUGCUUAUCAAUUCUUCCGCGUACGAACUUUUAUGCUUAUCACCCCCGUUUUAAAAUCCUCCAUGUUGUUUGGACUUGCAUGACUUGUAUUGCCCUGUUCACCAUCACUUAAAAAAAUGUAGGCCUAAAGGACAUGAAGGAAGUCACUACGUAAAUCGUCGGUCUCGCAUUGUCAAACUGUGAAAUCGUGAACUUCGUCUCUUCUAUUUACUAAUACUAACGUUAGACCGUCUCCUAGCCUAGAUCACUCUCCAAUUGUCGGUCUGGGAGAACAUUUUUUAGUUAGAAAUUAGGAAACGAUUUUGGGUUUGGUGAAACGAAAUAGGCCUGCUAAGGAGCUGCAACCAUGCCACCGAAGAAAGGAAAGAAAGGCAAGGGCAAAGGGAAAGGCAAGGGAAAAGGCAAGGGGAAGAAAAAGGACAAGAAGUUCUCUGACACUGCGAUGGCUCUUGCCAACACGCGAAUCUGGGAAGCACGCCUGGAUGCCACUGAAAAAUCUCGGCUUGAGUUCCGUGAGAGUGCCAAACUGAUGGCCCUGGAGAAUGAAGCCCUGCAGCGGCAGAUGCAGCAAUCAGAGAAGGACACCAUUGAUGUCAUCACUUACUUGAAGAAAGAGGACCAGUCCAAGGAAGAUUUGAUUGCUAAACUCCAGAAACAACUGAAAGACACAAGAAGAGAAUCAAGAAAAGAAAAGCAGCAAAUUAUUGAAGACUUCACGACACGAUUGAACCAGCUGGAGACAAAUCUAGCAGAAAAGACAGACGAGGUCAAGAUGAUGCAGAGCGAGUUGAAACUGGUCAAGGAGUUCCGACGGAAACGAGGACAGAUGCAGAAAGAGUUGGAUGAGAUCAAGGAAGAGAUGUUCCUGACCAAUAAGGAGCACACAGAGCAGCUACAGCGCAUGGAGCACAAGUUCUUUGAGGAGAAGAUCCGACUGCAGCAAGAGGCCAGCCAGAAGAUAGCCGAGUUGGCCGAGAGGGCACACACUGAGGCUAUCAGCGAGCUGGAUGAGACCACUCGGUCCGUAUACAAGGAGAACGUCCGAGUGACCGAAGCACUGAAUUACCACAUGAAGGAGUCGGAUGAGCUGAAGGUGGAGAGAGAUGCCCUCUUGAAGGAGAACAAGACGCUGAAGGGAGACAAGGAGCUGAAUGAGAUGAUGAUACAAGAGAAGGUCAGGGAGAACGCCAAGCUCAAGGAGCAACUCAAACAGACCGAGGCCAAGAUCCAGAGCCUGGAGGUGUCCCUGAGCCACGUAGUGCGGGAGUUUGAGCAGGAGAGGCAGAUUGUGGUCAGGAAGGCCCACAUUGAGACGGAGGCCGGCAAAGUGGAGAUCGCCAAGCUGAUGAGGACCAUUGAGCUGCAGAGCAAAGAGAUGAAGAAAGUCAAGAGAUUAGCCAAGGCUAUCCUUGAUCAGCGUACUGAGAUGGAGCAGUUUUUCCUAGACUCUCUGGAGGUUGUUAAGAAGGAGAUUGUGGCCAACCGGGCCAAGUACCUGCAAGAUGCGGCGGCCGUGUAUCAUCAGAAGAUGCUGGAUGCCCACGCCAACAAGGGAGAGUACCCCAAAGUGAGAACCUUUAAAGCAUCUGAUGUGAGCACCAACAGCGUGUAUUCAGACCUCAAGGCUGCUGAGGCUUGGUCUGGUCUGAGCGGCAAGGUGGACGUGAGUGAUCUGACCUGGGAGCAGAGGGAGCGCGUCUUGAGAAUGCUGUUUGCUAAAAUGAACGGUUCCAGGGUGCGCGCCAAGCCUCCAUCCAACCUAGGCCCCCCUGCUUCCCACCGCCCUCCUGUCAGCAUCAGUGGCAGGGACUCCAUCAGCCUUGCCAUCGAAGGUGCUCCCCCCUCCGAGCCAGGUACCUUCCUGACCCAGCAAGUUGACAACGAAGCAACCAAGCUUCAAGAGGCCCCAGACAAGAGAGGUAGUACCCCUGUGCUGCCAGACCUAGCCCAGCUCUCCCUGACUGUAGCGGGCUUAGACACCCGACAAGAGCCCACAGCUGCUGGGGCUUCGUAAAAACUCCCGUAAAUCAUGUACCGAACGGGCAUGUACAUAAGCUUACACGUACGGAUUCAUUUUCUGAAAGUUUUUGAUUCAGUAGUGUUGGCUCAUAUAAUGCACAAAGAUUGUCAAGACAAGUGGUUUUUAGAUGGGACAGUCUCAUUUUUGUAAAACUUCAACAUUUCAAAACUCCAAAUUGCAAGUUUGGGAAAACAAUUGGCCAGUCUUUUCACCGAGACAGUCAAGCGUGACACCAAGUAUGUGUUGAGCUCCUCAUGACCGAUACCAUUCCUGCUGUGAACCUAUACAAGUUAUCCGUCCAUCCCUGUAUAUAAUGUAUAUUUUAUAAACGUUUUAAGAAAUGGUCGUAUAAUUUUAGACCAACAGUUCAUGAUUGGAAAUUAUCCUUUGUCUGAACAGCCUAAUGUUAUGCAUAAUAUAUUGGUCUGCUGUGGCCGUUAAGGAGAAGAAUGAAAGCUGUGGCUGAUUUUGUGUUUUGAUUGCAUGUAAAAAACAAACUCAUUCUUUACAAGUUGCUAUGCCUUGAGCAUGAGGAUUGGUUUCUCCAAUUCUUCAGUAGUUCUUGACAGUGGACUCUAUCCAGCAAUUGUGCAUUGUUCUGUAAGGUUGUCUUACAGGAGCCUGGAAAGGACACAUCACAUGAGUACAUUGUUUUGUACACUCAGUAUGGAGUAUUCAUGACCAAUUUUCAGCUGAAUGUGCACGAGUCUGUGUCUUUGUGCCUCAAGAACGCACUUGUGUAAGGAUGUACAUCGUAGCUCAAUAGACCUAUGACAUGGUCAUAUUUGUUUACAUGGGCAGUGAGGCAAGACAAAAUCCAUCAAGCCCCCCAGGAAAGUGUAAAUUUAAUCAAAGAAUAACAUCAAUGUUUUAGCACUAAUGUCUCUUGCAGUGUUUUCCAUUUUUUCUGUUCAGGGCUGAGUUACAUAGACAGGACAGUCCGUACUCCGCUACUUUAUAAGCCUUCUAGAAGUCUUCCACAUUUUAGAAAACCUGACCACUACAAUUGUCCAGAGAAGCUGUUUAACACGAAUACCAAGUAUACGGUUGAAUCUACUUAAAGGAAAUGUAGAGAGUAUGAUACAUGUGGCUUACAAAUAUGGAAAUCUUCCUUAGCAUGAAAUCAAAAUGGUGAAAUUUUGCUCUUUGACUGCGUUGAGGAAGGUGGAAAGUCAUUGUAACAUGUAAAUAAAGUUGUGCUUCAUGUAUUGAAGUCACAGAAACACUAUUACAAGGUUCUCUUCAGACCGAGGGGUGUGUUUUCCCAAUCCGUAACCAGAACACAUUUGAGACGUCAAAGCAUUUACAAGGAAACAUGCUGAAUGUGGCCCACCCAAAUACAGAACCAGAGAAGGGGACAUCAUCCAAGGGGAACAAAGUACCAGCCAGAAGAAGAAGACACUGUUUGUAAAUGUCAUUUUUACUCCAUAGUUUGCCAAGUGUCUUGUAUCUGCUGCUCUCCCUUCGCACACUUCAGUAGAAAGUACACCUUUUGAAUCGCUACAACAAAUUGGGGAAUACAUAUGUAUUCUUCACUUAUUUUGGAGAUAACCCCCCAAAAGUUGCUUACUUUCUGCCAUUUUGAACCAGUAUAUAACCAACUAUAACCUGUUUUCAUUUAGUAGGAACAAUGAUGGCCACACAGGCUUAAUCAAAGUGGGGAAAUUGCCUGACCGUUUCCCAAAGCAGAAACAUGUUUCUGGUAACAAAAAAAAACCAAAAAGUUCAACAUGAUGUAUAAUUUGGAAAUCAAGUUAGCAAAAUCUAGGAAAACUGUCAGCACACAAUUUUAAAUUUGAGCAGUAUGCCUUUAUUACUUGUAAAUACACAAGAUUAAUAUACCUGAAAAUAAAUGUAGGGUUUGCAUUAUUUGAAAUAAAAAGAAAAGUCAAAAUAUUUACUUCUGCUGAAGGUGUUCAUACAGUUUUGGGGGAAACCUUUGCAGGCUAAAGGAUGAACAUCAGAUGACCAAGUAAACAGAAAAUGGUAAAUGGCG